AAUACUGUGAAAUAUGCAGGGAAAUUAUCGUACGAUCUCAGCUGGGAGGCGGGGCAGGUCCGGUUCUACGUAGAGUUCGCAUCGUCUCGCUCUAGCACGUGGAAUAGCGGCAAACAAUACGACCGACAACGUACGCGUUCCACUAAAGAGUGCCAGUUCUGAGUCAACUGUUGCACCACGUUAUACGGUGAAACCUGUCCGUCAUCUGGCAGGUCGAUUGCUCUCAACCUGUGAUCUCUCUUCUAGCAUUUCAUGACGUUAUUUACAAAUUAGAAAAUUGAUACGAAGUUAUAAUGGCGGAGGACGACGUUAACGAUGACAGUAACGAUAUCAAUACGAAAUUCGGGUUGAAAUUACGCGGAAGGAAAGGCGCUUUAAAAAAAAAGAAUAUUUACAAAAUCAAAGAUCAUAAUUUUAUACCGAGGUUCUUUAAACAACCGACGUUCUGUUCGCAUUGCAAGGACUUUAUAUGGGGUUUUGGAAAACAAGGGUAUCAGUGCCAAGUGUGUAGUUUCGUCGUCCACAAAAGGUGUCACGAGUAUGUUUCAUUCACGUGUCCUGGAGUCGAUAAAGGCGCAGACUCAGAUGACACAAGAACUAAACAUAAUUUUAAAGUGCAUACAUAUUCAUCUCCUACAUUUUGUGAUCAUUGCGGGUCUCUCUUAUACGGUGUUUUACAUCAAGGAAUGAAAUGCUCAGCUUGUGAUAUGAACGUUCACAAACGAUGUGAAGAAAGUGUUCCUAAUUUAUGUGGUUGUGAUCAUACUGAACGAAGAGGAAGGAUUCAGUUGAAAAUUAAUUGUACUGGAAGCAAACUCACAGUCGAAGUAAUGCAAGGUAAGAAUCUGAUUCCAAUGGACCCAAACGGUUUGAGCGACCCUUACGUCAAACUAAAGCUCAUACCAGACUCAGAUAACGUCAAAAAGAAAACCAAGACAAUCAAAUCUAAUCUCAAUCCUGUUUGGAACGAAACCAUAACAUUUGAGCUUAAACCCGAAGAUAAAGACAGGCGAUUGUUGAUUGAAGUUUGGGAUUGGGAUAGAACGUCCCGUAACGACUUUAUGGGAUCGUUGUCGUUCGGGAUAUCGGAAAUUUUGAAAUCCCCAGCCGAUGGUUGGUUCAAAUUACUCACACAAGAAGAGGGGGAGUUUUACAACGUCCCAGUUCCGGAAGAGGGUAUCGAUAUGGUGCAAAUUAAAAAUCAACAAAGGACGACUUCUAUCACCAAAAGACCUACGAUGAUGGUGGAUAAAGACGUACCCCAUAAUAUGGGGAAGAAAGAUAUAAUAAGAGCUAGCGAUUUUAAUUUCCUCAUGGUUUUAGGAAAAGGAUCGUUCGGAAAGGUUAUGUUGGCCGAAAGGAAAGGCACCGACGAAUUGUAUGCGAUAAAGAUCCUUAAAAAAGAUAUUAUCAUCCAGGACGAUGACGUUGAAUGUACCAUGGUGGAAAAACGCGUAUUGGCACUUUCCAGUAAACCACCUUUCCUCGUACAACUCCAUUCUUGUUUCCAAACGAUGGAUCGUUUAUAUUUCGUUAUGGAAUACGUGAAUGGAGGCGAUUUAAUGUUCCAGAUACAACAGUGUGGAAAAUUCAAAGAACCAGUCGCUGUGUUUUACUCGGCAGAAAUAGCGAUCGGUUUGUUUUUCCUUCAUUCUCGCGGUAUAAUCUACAGAGAUUUGAAAUUGGAUAACGUGCUACUGGAUCAAGAUGGACAUAUCAAAAUCGCCGAUUUUGGUAUGUGCAAAGAGGGUAUAACGGGAGAACGUACCACUAAAACUUUUUGUGGAACGCCGGAUUACAUCGCUCCAGAGAUAAUCUUGUAUCAACCCUAUGGUAAAUCAGUGGAUUGGUGGGCUUAUGGUGUUCUUUUAUACGAAAUGCUCAUCGGUCAACCACCGUUCGACGGUGAGGACGAAGAAGAAUUAUUUGCCGCCAUAACGGACCACAACGUCAGUUAUCCCAAAGGUUUAUCCAAAGAAGCUAAGGACGUAUGCAAAGGCUUUUUGACAAAAUAUCCUAACAAACGAUUGGGAUGCGGUCCAAGGGGAGAAGAGGACGUAAGGUCUCACGCGUUUUUCAGGCGAAUUGACUGGGAUAAAAUUGAAAAUCGGGAAGUGCAACCACCUUUUAAACCAAAAAUAAAACAUCGUAAAGAUGUCAGCAACUUCGACAAACAGUUUACAUCAGAAAAAACCGACUUGACACCUACCGACAAAUUAUUCAUGAUGAAUUUAGAUCAAACCGAAUUCACAGGUUUUUCAUUUCUGAAUCCGGAAUUUGUCCAGCACGUUUAAACCGAAGAUUUUUCUCAUUGAUACAAAUUUAUAUGUAAUUCGGUCAUUUUUCAUCAAUUGAAAAAUCCGGGUUGAAAAAAAUUGAGAAGGUACGACAUAUCUUUGGAAAGAAAAAUAAUUUUAAGAAAGUGAAUAAUUUAGAAAUUGUAGUGUUUAGCUGCAGAUUGAUUAAUUUCAGUCCUGAUCGACGUAACUUAUCCCAACAAUAAACCAAAAUGCUAAUCCUGGUUCCUCUUCCGAUUCUAUCAGCUGUUUUAUUAAAAAUAAACUCUUCAGGACUGAAAUUCUGAUAUCUGAAGCAUCUUUCAGUGUCCCCACUGACUUAUGUGCCAAGCUUGUCGCUAUGCUAAGCCAAAAAAAAACAUUCCAAUACUUUCGUUGUGUUCUUCAAGUCCAUUUCAUUUACACCCGAUUAUAUAUUUGUGAUGAUUUCUUCUAACGUUUUGGAGUAUAUUGGAAAUGGUCGGGUGUAUGGAAAACUGAUUUUCUUUGUUCAAUAAUCGUUUAGAAAAAGCAAUAAUAACAUUCCUUAGAAUUAGAUUUUUCGCGAAGAAAUGAAACAACCAACCUCAGAAAUUUUAGUUACAAUUAAGGAUGACAAUAAUUUUCGAAAAAUAUUUGAAACAAAUUUAUUUGCUUUUUAUCAUGUUUUCCGACUCAAUGCAAAGAUCAUCAUCAAGGAUUUUCCGCAAUAUACCCGCAAAUAAUUUCAAAUCUGGUAUUUAUACAUGGUGCACCAUAAAUAUGGACGUAAUCUUCAGGGGUUUGUCACAAUAUCAACGUAAUGAUUUCAAAUAUAGCAGUUGCGAGUAUCCCUAUAUACCUGGUGCACCAAAAUUAUGAAACGUGUUAAAAAAUUUUUCAGAGAAUGACUCUAUAUUUUGACAUACAAAGACAUCCCCCGGGUACCUUGUGAAGCGGAACUUAAACGUAAUUUGAAGGAGUUUAUCCAAAAAAAUUCGAUUCUGGCUUCGACAGUACCUGGCGCGUUGGAACCUGGACAUCAUCUUCGAACGUUUUCCUCCAUAGUUUACUAAAACGAAUCUCGAUUUCGUUAUUGGUGUUACCUGGUGAAUCGCAAUUUGGAAGUCGUUUGCGAUAGUUUUUCGUUAGAUUUGUUACAAACAAGUCUAUAUUUUGUACUGCCAAUGCAAUUUCUGGCAUCGCUGUACGUGGAGCACUGGUACCUAGACAUAUUCUUCGAUAAUUUUCCUUUAACAUUCGCGCAAUCAAACCGAGAAUUGUACCGGGCAAUUUUCAGAAAAAUCUUAUCGUUUAUGGCAUAGCGGCUGACCUAGUGCACCGAAAUCUGGACAUCAUCUCCAAGAGUUAUCCUGCACGGCAUUUUAGAUUCUAGUAUGAGCGGUACCUGGUGCACUGGAACUUGGACGUCAUCUCCAGUUUUUCUUCAGAAUUUUAUGCCGCCCUUGUCGAUUUGUAUAUCGACAGUACCUAGUGCACUGAAACCUGGAAAUUAUCUCCAAUAGUUUAUUGCACAACUGCCUCAAACGAAAAAAUCUUAUACCGGGAGGAUUUCUGUACUAUUCUUUUGGAAUCGAGCAUCAGUGGUACCUUAUGCUCCAGAACUUGGAAGUCAUCUCCGGGAGUUUUAUUGCAAAAUUUUUCAAAACGAACAAAAAAUAUUAUAAAGGGUAUAUUAAGUACCGCCUUAGUUGAUUCUAUCAUCAGCGCUACCUAGUGCACCGGAACCUGGACAUCCUCCGAGAGUUUCUUUGCAAAAUUCUCCCAAUGAACCGAAAAUAUUCUUAGGGAGAUAUUUUGUUUCGCCCUCGUUGAUUUUGGUACCGACAGUACCUGGUGCGCCUGAACCUGGACGUCAUCUUCAGGAGAUUUCCUUAGUAUUCAUCAGCAAACCUAAGUCCCACGUCGCCGAUUUGAUCGAAAAACGUGAAUCGUUUCGGAUAUCCUCAAUUCCAUCCGAUUUGUUGAUAAAAUUUCAGAGGUUUCGUUUCUUUUUUUGCUUUAUUUCUAUACCUAUUUAGUCAUUGGCUGAAUUGCAUUAUAAAUUUGCUUGUGAUUCUAAGUACGCCAUUACUUCUAGUCGUUACAUCGAUAACGGUUGUCGAAUUACCUUUUUUUUCGAACUUUGUAUAGUACAGUCCAAAAUAUAUCAUCUUAAUGUUGAUGGGAAGCUCUCUAAUUAUAUAGCAUCAAUUGAAUUUUUUCUUUUAGUCUUUUCUUGAGUAUCAAUUGAUAAAUAACAUCCUGUACAUUUUUUAACGUUCACAUACAGUUAUAAUACAUAAUCAAGGAAUUUAUAUAUAAUAAAAUCAAUUCAAUUAUUUAUUAUUAUAUAAAAUAAUCUUUUACGUGUAUGAUUUAUUUAUUUCUGACGUUUUAUUUGAUAUAAUUAAUGCAAUUUAUGACAACGGAUCUUAACCAAAUUUUAACAAUAAAAUUGAAUAGUAUAAGCCAUUUAUUGACAUUCGAUGAUAAUAUCUGCCAAUCAGUAUCAUGAAAAUAAUUCAGUUAGCACUCAAACAAAAUGUGGUCAUGUACAACUUACAACUUGAUAUUUCUCCCCUUUAAAACCACCUCAAUUCAAAGAAUUGCUGGUUGUUGCAAAUUCCAAGGGGUCCUUAUUCUCGACUAACCGUUUCUCGUUAUCCUGCAUCAUUCUCGCACUAGGAGUCGAUGCUUUAUCUCUGUACUCGCCGGUUAGUCAUCUCAUACCCCUUUCCGAUUUAAAAACAACCGCAAAAUACCCCAAAAGAUGAAUUUUUGAAUUGAAAAAAUGUUAUAAUUUUUGGACUACACUAUAAUUUUCUAAUUAUAUAAUAUGUAUAGAUAAAAAUGUAGAAGUACUGGCUUUCGUAUUACAAAUAUUAUCAUAAGCCUUUCUAUUUUGAAAAUGAUCGCACUUUAUAAUGUACGAUGAUGUAGUUGUUCACACGAAAAUAAUUAUAUUUCUUGCAGUUCUUCCAAAAUAAAAGACAAUUGUCUUAAAAGGUAUGUUUAUAAAGAAAAAACAAGAACAAUUUUUAUCGAUUUCUUCAACAUUUAAUUAGUAAUCGAUUGAAAUAAUUUGAGGUUAUGUUAAAUGUUUUGUAUUCGAAGAUGAUUUUAUGAAUCUCAAAUUAAAAUGACAUUAGUAUUAUUAAAAACAGUAAGACUGGUAUUAUUAUUUUUUUAAAAUCGUCUUUAAUAUUAACAACAUGCUUAUCUUUAUUAUCUCUUCUAAAAUCUUCACACGAAAUCAAUAAAGGAAUCAUAACCCAUUCUAAGAACAACUAGUGAAAUAAAUCGAGUGCAAGUUGGUGAUUCUGCGUAUACUUUUGACAAAUGAUGCAAUAGUCGAGUAUGUAGGCGUUCGCCAUGUUAAAAAGAAAACAACAUGAAAAUUCCUGACACUUUUUAUGAAUAGGGCUAAAAUCAGUGUAGUUGAAUGUAAAAUUUCACUUACAGUUUUCUCCUGUGAUUACUGAAGCAUAAGCAAUGUCCUUUUGAAACACUGUUUAGUACAAAACGAACAAUAUUAUGAUAGAUUACUAGUUCCAAACAUAAAGAACAAAGCUAAACAAUCAUUUACGCGAAAAUAUUUGUUUCUAAUGCGAAACGAUCAGAAACAAUAAAUUUCCUUAAAAUCUAAUCCAUAAUCGUUAAAACCGGGAGCUAGACACAAUUUUCAUAAAAACCACCUUAUUUAUUAAAACCGAAAAUUUUUUUAUCAAAUUCUUAGUCCGAAGACGUUUAAAAAACGGCAGCCAUGAAUUUUGUACACUUGUUACUCGAUAAUAAUCCUUACGCAAAGAAGCAAAGAUACGUAAAUUGAAUCACCGACCGGCAAACGACAACGCAAGCGAAACUCGAUCAAAGCCAUGUGUAAACUUAAACAAAAAGUACAUGUUCGAUUUUAUAUUAAUCUUAUUUUGAUUCUAUUUACCAGUAUAAGAGUUUUUAUCCUCGAAUCGUGGGGAAUUAUUAUUAUAUUAACCGGAGAAUUGUUAAUUAUAAUUUGUUUUAUUGCUAAUUUCUUUAUAAACAUAAUAUGUACUGUUGAUACAUUUGGGCUGAAAAACAUGGUGGACGUUGAGGGCGUUGAGGCAUGCGCAGUAAACAGUAUUAAUUUUGUUAAUUAACAUUCUUAGCUUCUUAUUUAUUUCAAUAUUCGUAAUAAAUUGAAAAGUACUCAUUAUACCUUAAUUAGUUAUGAGGAUUUUAUAAGACGACUUCUUACAGUUGAAAGUUUUGUGUGUUAAAUCAAUCUCAAGAUUUAAUUCGGUUUUUUUCUAAAACGCUUCUCCUAAUUUAAAAACAUUACGUCAGGUAAUUUCAUUUCGUAAAAAUGUUCUUGUUUUGUUUUUAACGUACUACUAUAUAUUUAAUUGUUGUGAAAUUGCCUCAAAAAAAAUAUCUAUUUAUAUCUUCGAUACUUACUACAGAAUAGUGUUGCCAACAUGACUAACUUUAUAAAUAAAUAUAAUAGAUUCUCCUAGUGAGGAGAAUAAAAAUAUUAACUUUUAAAAAGUACCUUAAUAAUAAUGAUAAUAAUAAAAUCGUGAUGGACUUCUUAUAAUUGUGAUAUUAAGUGGCUAUGAAAAAAUAAGUGUCCAAACAAUACUUUCGAACUGAAAUAUUGAAAUUAAAAUUUUAAAUUUCAUUUGGAAGUAUUUUAUUAAGUAAA